UGAUGCCACUGACUUCUUAUGAACAAUAAAAAUAAUAAAUGUCAUGUGUGUAUUUUACCACAAUGAAAUAAUGGCUAAGCACUAUUCUAAGUGUUUUACAGGUGUUAAUUCAUUUAACGAAUAAUGUGCUUGGUGGGGCAUAGGAAAGAGCAUAGGUGUUCAUUCCACUUCUGGUUUGGCUGCGGAUUUUGAGCCUAGAAUCACGUAUGUAAGUGCCAUUUCUUGGUUACAGAAUGUAUCUAUGUUAAUAAUUUGUUAGGAUGUAAAUUGUAAUCUGUUUUAAACUCCUGGAUGUUUCACCUGUGAGAUCCAGUUCAGGUUUACUCUCUAGGAGGAGUUUUCUGUGUAGGACAAAGCACUGAAUGUUAUGAUGGAAACCGACCAAUUUGUAUAGCAUCUUUGUCUCCCCUCACCCCAAUCGCAAUAUAGUUCUGGGAAUGACGUGAAAUAGUAAUGUUUUAGAGCAAUAGUUUUCAAAGAGUGGUCUCCAGACCAGCAACAUGAGCAUGCCCUGGGAGCUUGUUAAAAAUGCAGAUAUUCAGGUCUCACCCCAGACCUACUGAACCAGUAAGGUACAACAAUCUGCAUUUUAACAGGCCUCACUCAAGUUUGAGAACUAGUGAUCUAGAGAAUAGCUAAAGUGUUGUGUUGGUGGGGGAACCAUCUAAAAGUUUAGAUACCCAGGCUCACUUCAUGAAGAGAAGACCUAGAUUUAUAAAUUGAGUCUAGUACUGUAGGAAUAGAACUGGUCUGCACUGGAUGGAAGCUCCAGGAGUUAUCUGAUUCUGGACUAGAGCUGUACUAGGCCAUGGUAAGGGAAGAGUGAGACAAAACUCUCAAAAGAUCAGCAUUUACCAUGGUUUCUCUCAGCCAUAGAAAGCGCCUGUAUCUACUUGAGAAAUAGAAAUGGAACCGCAAUAUCUACAUGGUUAAAACAACAGGGCAUUGAGACACCUGAUGUCCACUGCAGAUGGCAUUCCCUAGAGAGACGCUUGGCUUCCAAGCCACCAAGCAGUUUCUUGAAGAGAUUAACAAGUGGACGGUUCAGUACAAUGUUUCUCCUCUGUCUUGGGAUGUGGCUGUCAAGUUCCUCAUGGCCAGGAAGUUCGAUGUGCUCCGCGCCAUAGAGUUGUUCCACUCCUACAGAGAAACACGAAGGAAGGAAGGCAUUGUGAAGCUGAAACCUCAUGAGGAACCUCUCCGUUCUGAGAUCCUUAGUGGGAAAUUCACCAUCUUAAAUGUUCGGGACCCAACAGGAGCUUCUAUUGCUCUCUUCACUGCCAGAUUGCAUCAUCCUCACAAGUCAGUCCAACAUGUGGUACUUCAGGCUCUGUUUUACUUGCUAGACAGAGCUGUGGAUAGCUUCGAAACUCAGAGGAAUGGACUGGUGUUUAUCUACGACAUGUGUGGUUCUAAUUAUACCAACUUUGAGCUGGAUCUUGGCAAGAAAGUCCUAAACCUGCUGAAGGGAGCAUUUCCUGCCCGUUUGAAAAAAGUACUGAUUGUGGGAGCACCAAUAUGGUUCCGAGUGCCCUAUUCCAUCAUCAGCCUCCUCCUGAAGGACAAAGUCCGGGAGCGGAUUCAGAUAUUAAAGACAUCUGAGGUCACCCAGCACCUGCCCAGGGAGUGCCUUCCAGAAAACCUGGGUGGAUACGUCAAAAUUGACCUUGCCACUUGGAAUUUCCAGUUCCUACCCCAGAUGAACGGCCACCCAGAUCCCUUCGAUGAGAUCAUCAUGUUCUCCCUCCCUCCUGCCUUAGACUGGGACUCAGUACAUGUUCCAGGUCCCCACGCAAUGACCAUCCAAGAGUUGAUGGACUAUGUUAGCACCAGGCAAAAGCGUGGGAUAUAUGAGGAGUAUGAAGACAUCCGCCGUGAGAACCCUGUUGGCACUUUCCACUGUUCUAUGUCUCCAGGAAACCUAGAGAAGAACCGCUAUGGGGAUGUACCCUGCCUGGACCAAACUAGAGUGAAGUUGACAAAACGAAGUGGCCACACUCAGACAGAUUACAUCAAUGCCAGUUUCAUGGAUGGCUACAAGCAGAAGAAUGCUUACAUUGGUACACAAGGCCCUUUGGAGAAUACCUAUCGUGAUUUCUGGCUCAUGGUAUGGGAGCAGAAAGUCCUGGUGAUUGUCAUGACCACCCGCUUUGAGGAGGGUGGCAGGAGAAAGUGUGGCCAGUACUGGCCGUUAGAAAGAGACUCUCGGAUCCGAUUUGGCUUCCUCACGGUGACCAAUCUAGGCGUGGAGAACAUGAACCAUUAUAAGAAAACAACGCUAGAAAUUCACAACACAGAGGAGCGGCAGAAACGCCAGGUGACCCACUUUCAGUUCCUGAGCUGGCCAGAUUACGGUGUCCCUUCCUCAGCAGCUUCUCUCAUCGACUUCUUGAGAGUGGUCAGGAACCAGCAGAGGCUGGCGGUCAGCAGCAUGGGAGUACGAGCCAAAGGGCAGUGCCCUGAACCACCCAUUGUCGUCCAUUGCAGUGCAGGCAUUGGCCGGACAGGUACCUUCUGCUCACUGGACAUCUGCCUGGCACAGCUGGAAGAGCUUGGCACCCUUAAUGUAUUCCAGACAGUGUCCCGCAUGAGGACCCAGAGGGCCUUCAGCAUCCAGACCCCUGAGCAGUACUAUUUUUGCUACAAGGCAAUCCUGGAAUUCGCAGAGAGGGAGGGCAUGGUGCCCUCCAGUCACAACCUCCUGGCCAUGGAGGGUCAGUAACUGUCCCACGAUCCUCCUUCGCUCUGGCCAAGCUUCCUUAAACUACCCUGGACACCGCUGAGCCUAUAGGUUGCCAUCAGUUAUGCUGAAGCAAUGGACCAACCUCUUUCUUGUGUCUCCUGGUGCACUCGUGCACGCAAGGCAGCCUUUCCCUUUGGCUAGAUAGAUGUGGUGAAACUGCCACUAGAAAGGGCCAGCAGCAAUGUGUUCUUAAUUCCUAGCACCUGCUAUUGAACUGUGCCUUAUUAAAACCAAAUUGUGGCUAUGGGUUUUUGCCAGGGGCCCCGAGGUAAGUGGGGAAGGAACCUCCCUUCCCCGUUUCCCGAUGCCAUUUUCCUUCUUGAGGUCUCGUUCCCAUUCCUUACCUUUGCUAGGAUUUGAUGGGGAGGUUUGAGGAGUAUCCACCUUCCUUCCCAGAGAGCUUGACCAAGUUACAUACUCUAGAGAACGUCCUGAGUGCCAAGCACGUUUAUACCUAGGGCGUGUAUUCCAGUCUUUUCUGUCAUUCUGUGUGUGUGUGUGUGUGUGUGUGUGCGCGCGCGUGCGCACGCGCGCACACUUAUGUGUAUGGGUCCAUAUGUACGUGUGUAUAUAAUAUAUAUUGUAUGUGAUAAUAUGGUCGUAUUCUAUAAAUACAUAUACACAGAGAUA